CUAUCGAUUAUAGAUGUUGUGUGACUAUUAGGUAAUGAAAUUUACUUCUUUUUUAUUUAAAAAAAAAAGGUAAUCUCUUCCCAAACAGUUAAUCAUUCUACAACCUCCAUCCCUUUAUACCUCACCUGCGUCCUGCAUUAACUGGAAUGAAUCCCAACUUUCCAGUAUCUACCAACCCGCUAAGCUUACCUUUCCUUUUAUGUUGACUAUAUUUACCAUGCAUUUGCUCCAACAAAACUCUCUACUUGGGUAAGGUGAGCUUCGAUAAGGGGUUGUAAUCCAAUGGGUUGCAUUUCGGUGCAGAUGGGAUUUAUGCUUCAGACACCUGCAUUUGGAGUUGUUUCUAAUGUGAGAAGAAAGGAGAAUGCUUGGGUUUUAGUACGGAGACGAAGUAGUUGUAUUAAAAGUACGCUCUCAACUUCCCAGAUGGAGAGCAACAUGGUUGUGAAAGAAGACACUGAAUUUAAGUCUUCAUUUGAUGAGUAUUUAAAGGCGAUGGAGUCUAUUAGAACUGACAGGGAGAUGAAGAAAGUUCAAAGAGGGAGUGGCCGUGAAAAGAAGCUUAGUGAUGUUGCAGUCAGUAAAGAUCUUCCGAAACAUCAGAAACGGAGGGAGACUGUUAAAUUUAAGAGGUUUGUAAGGUCAGAUUCCAAGAAAGGAGAUGAAUGGUCUGAAAGAGUUUCUGACAAGAAAGAGCUGAGAGGUAGUGUUCAAGCAGGAAAUAGUAUAAGAUCAAAGAAAGAGGCGAACUAUGUAGGAUCAAAGAAUGGUUCGAGUAAGAAACUUGAUGUGGACAUCGCUGCUUCUACAAGAACUAGGCUCGUUAAAAAGAAGGGUAUGCCUAUGAAAGAUACAAUUGAUGACAAUCAAUUUGAGAGGGAAAGGUUCAUCUUCCAAGAAUCUGAAUUAUUCAAUAAUGGUCUGGAUAGUCCGCGAGUUUCACGGAUGGAAAUGGAGGAAAGAAUACAGAGCCUUGCUAGAUGUUUAAAUAAUGCUGAAAUGGACAUGCCAGAGUGGAUGUUCGCAAAGACCAUGCGAAGUGCUAGAAUUAGAUUUUCUGAUCAUUCUAUUAUGAGGGUUAUUCAGAUAUUGGGUAAAUAUAAGAACUGGCCAAGGGUGCUGCAAGUUAUUGAAUGGCUUCAAACGCAUGACCGCUAUAAAUCACUUAAAAUCAGAUAUGUCUACACAGCUGCACUUGAUGUACUGGGGAAAGCAAGACGUCCUGCGGAAGCUCUAAAUCUUUUUUGCGCAAUGCAGCGGCAUAAGACCACUUAUCCAGACAUAGUAACUUAUCACUCAAUUGCUGUUACUCUUGGACAAGCUGGUCAUAUGAAGGAACUUUUUGAUGUAAUUGAUAGCAUGAAGUCUAUGCCAGAAAACUUCAAGAUUGAAUCUCUUGAUGAUUGGGAUCCACGGCUUGAGCCCGACAUUGUUGUUUACAAUGCUGUUUUAAAUGGCUGUGCUAAGAGGAAAGAAUGGGAAGGAGCGAUAUGGGUGUUGCAAAAAUUGAAAGAAAUGGGCCAAGAGCCAUCAGGCACAACAUACGGACUUGUUAUGGAGGUUAUGUUAGCAUGUGGAAAGUAUGACUUGGUCCACGAGUACUUCAAGCAAUUCCAGGGCUCUUCUGUCCCUAAUGCUUUAACAUAUAGAGUUCUUGUUAAUACUCUUUGGAAAGAAGGUAAGCCAGAUGAGGCUAUUGCAGUUAUUCAAGACAUGGAGAAUCGGGGACUACUAGGUUCAGCCAGUAUCUAUUAUGACCUUGCCCGCUGUCUCUGUAGUGUGGGAAGGUGUGAAGAAGGAUUGAUGCAAGUUGACAAGAUAUGCAAAGUCGCUAGUAAGCCUCUGGUGGUGACUUAUACUGGUUUAAUCCAAGCCUGUUUAACCAAUGGAAAUAUUCAUGACGCGACAUCCAUAUUCAACCAUAUGCAGAAGUAUUGUUCCCCAAAUACCGUGACUUGUAACAUUAUGCUAAAAGCGCAUCUCGGAUAUGGAAUGUUUGACAAAGCUAAAGAGCUCUUUCAUAUGAUGACACAAAGUGGAAACAACAAGGACAGCAAAAUCAGGAUCAAAAUUAUGCCUGAUCACUGUACAUUCAAGAUGAUGCUAGAAGCAUGUAUCAAGGAGCAACAAUGGGAUGAUUUUGAAUAUGCCUAUGAGCAGAUGCUGCAGUAUGGGCAUCCUUUCAACACUAAGCGACAUCUUUGGAUGCUCCUACAAGCUUCUAGUGCUGGAAAGGUUGAACCGAUUGAAACAACAUGGAGCCACUUGGUGCAGACCGAUCGUGUCCCGCCACCUGCACUCAUCAAAGAAAGAUUCAGAUUGAAAAUGGAGCACGACGACCUAGCUGAAGCAGUUUCAAGUGUUGGUUGCCAUCCUUCCAGUCAUCAGCAGUCAUUCUCCAAGGAGGCAUGGUUGAAGUUAUUCAAGGACAAUGCACAUUGCUUCAAGAAAGAAGCUCUCGAGCACUUGAUGCGCGAGGUCAACAACUGCCUCUCCAAGACCGACUCGCCAAACCUCAUAUACCAGAAUUUGCUGGACUCUUGUAUGGAAUUUGUUAACCUCGACAAGCUAGUUGCUGGUCAGACAUGAAGGAUUGAAACCCCUGUAAAAUGUUAAUGAUAGGAAAUUUCUUUCUUUAUGUGAUAA